CCUGCGGGAACCCAAAGCGCAGAGGGCCCAGAGGGCCCAGAGGAUCGUGGAGAAUGAAGAAAUAGCCUUGGGACCCUUGGAAAAUGAGGCCAACGCCCCUUCUGCAGCUGGCGCUGCUUCUCGCCCUGCCCAGGACCCUGGGGGGGAAAGGGUGUCCGUCUCCCCCCUGCGAGUGCCACCAGGAGGAUGACUUCAGAGUCACCUGCAAGGAUAUCCACCGCAUCCCCAGUCUCCCGCCCAGCACGCAGACUCUGAAGUUUACAGAGACUCAUCUGAAAACCAUUCCCAGUCUUGCAUUUUCAAAUCUGCCCAAUAUUUCCAGGAUCUACUUGUCAAUAGAUGCAACUCUGCAGCGGCUGGAAUCACAUUCCUUCUACAAUUUGAGUAAAAUGACCCACAUAGAGAUUCGGAACACCAGAAGCUUAACUUCCAUAGACCCUGAUGCCCUAAAAGAGCUCCCUCUCCUGAAGUUCCUUGGCAUUUUCAACACUGGACUUGGAGUAUUCCCUGACCUGACCAAAGUUUAUUCCACUGAUGUCUUUUUUAUACUGGAAAUCACAGACAACCCUUACAUGACUUCCAUCCCUGCCAACGCUUUCCAGGGGCUGUGCAAUGAAACCCUGACACUGAAACUAUACAACAAUGGCUUUACUUCAAUUCAAGGACAUGCUUUCAAUGGGACAAAGCUGGAUGCUGUUUACCUGAACAAGAAUAAAUACUUGACAGCUAUUGACAAAGAUGCAUUUGGAGGAGUGUACAGUGGACCAACCUUGCUGGACGUCUCUUACACCAGCGUCGCUGCCCUGCCAUCCAAAGGCCUAGAGCACCUGAAGGAAUUGAUAGCAAGAAACACGUGGACUCUAAAGAAGCUUCCACUUUCCUUGAGUUUCCUUCACCUCACACGGGCUGACCUUUCUUAUCCGAGCCACUGCUGUGCUUUUAAGAAUCAGAAGAAAAUCAGAGGAAUCCUUGAGUCCUUAAUGUGUAAUGAGAGCAGUAUUCGGAGCCUGCGUCAGAGAAAAUCUGUGAAUGCUUUGAAUGGCCCCUUUGACCAGGAGUACGAGGAGUAUCUGGGUGACAGCCAUGCUGGGUACAAGGACAACUCCAAGUUCCAGGAUACCCACAGCAACUCUCAUUAUUAUGUCUUCUUUGAAGAACAAGAAGAUGAGAUCCUCGGUUUUGGCCAGGAGCUAAAAAACCCACAGGAAGAGACCCUACAGGCCUUUGAUAGCCAUUAUGACUACACUGUGUGUGGGGGCAAUGAAGACAUGGUGUGUACUCCCAAGUCAGAUGAGUUCAACCCCUGUGAAGACAUAAUGGGCUACAAGUUCCUGAGAAUCGUGGUGUGGUUUGUUAGUCUGCUGGCUCUCCUGGGCAAUGUCUUUGUCCUGAUCAUCCUCCUCACCAGCCACUACAAACUCACUGUCCCACGCUUUCUCAUAUGCAACUUGGCCUUUGCAGAUUUCUGCAUGGGGAUGUAUCUGCUCCUCAUCGCCUCCGUAGACCUCUACACUCAUUCUGAGUACUACAACCAUGCCAUCGACUGGCAGACAGGCCCUGGGUGUAACACAGCUGGUUUCUUCACUGUCUUUGCCAGUGAAUUGUCAGUGUAUACACUGACAGUCAUCACCCUGGAGCGCUGGUACGCCAUUACCUUCGCCAUGCGCCUGGACCGGAAAAUCCGCCUCAGGCAUGCAUGUGCCAUCAUGGUUGGGGGCUGGGUUUGCUGCUUCCUGCUCGCCCUGCUCCCUUUGGUGGGAAUAAGCAGCUAUGCCAAGGUCAGCAUCUGCCUGCCCAUGGACACUGAGACACCUCUUGCCCUGGCAUAUAUUAUCCUUGUUCUGUUGCUCAACAUAGUUGCCUUUAUCAUCGUCUGCUCCUGUUAUGUGAAGAUCUACAUCACAGUCCGAAAUCCCCAGUACAACCCAGGGGACAAAGACACCAAAAUUGCCAAAAGGAUGGCUGUGUUGAUCUUCACUGACUUCAUGUGCAUGGCCCCAAUCUCAUUCUAUGCUUUGUCAGCACUGAUGAACAAGCCUCUCAUCACCGUUACCAACUCCAAAAUCUUGCUGGUUCUCUUCUAUCCACUUAACUCCUGUGCCAAUCCAUUUCUCUAUGCUAUUUUCACGAAGGCCUUUCAGAGGGAUGUAUUUAUCCUGCUUAGCAAGUUUGGCAUCUGUAAACGUCAGGCCCAGGCAUACCGGGGCCAGAGGGUUUCUCCAAAGAACAGCACUGGCAUUCAGGUCCAAAAGGUUACCCGGGACAUGAGGCAAAGUCUCCCCAACAUGCAGGAUGACUAUGAACUGCUUGAAAACUCCCACCUAACCCCAAAUAAGCAGGGCCAAAUCCCAAAAGAGUAUAACCAAACAGUUUUGUAAGCUGACCCUACACUACUCACAGUGGUAGGGGGACUUCUAAAAUGCUGGUUUCUUGAACACGUAUUCCAAACCCAUUAUAUACACAAGACAGCUGACCUAACCCUUGUGCAGGUGAUGUCUCAUGGGGCAAAAGUUCAUCUCUGGAGAGGGGAUAGCAUUACCACUUAAUCAUUACCUCCCAGAAGGAAGAGAGGCUACCAGCACAUCUGAAUCCCAGGUGAUAUCAAAAUAACUGACACUUUCUAGAAAACUUGCUUGAUGCUAACCGCAGUGCCAUUGUGUAAGAUGCGCAACAGAGAUCAACUGAACCAGAUC